UGCGUAAAGGCAUUCGGUGGUUUACUUCCGUCAACAAAAUGGCAGGUGAUUCCUGGUUAUCGGACUACGAUGUCUGUGCCCGACUGGGGCAGGAAAUUAUGGAGAAGAUCAAUGAGAGAAACAAACAUAACCGGACCAGUUCAGCAUACACAAAGCUAUCCGCACAAAUACGAGUGUCAAUGAAACAGUUUUCUGGGGACCUCGGCAAACUCCGACAGAACCUAAUGAGGGCCUCCUCAUCCUACCACAUCACCCAGCGUGAGGUGGAGCGGAGGCAGAUGCAGCUCGAUGGCCUAACCACCAAAGAGAAACAGAUGGAACAGGCCUUCCGCAACGAGACGGGUGAGACCAGGCAAUCACUGUUAGGAAAUCGUGGAACGGACACAUUUGCUUCCAGUGACCCCUGGGGGAUGAACGAGGAUCCAGACAACUUCCGAGGGGUUGCUAAUAAUGAAAUUCAGGCUCAGCAACAGGAUAUUAUUAGAGAACAAGACCAGGGGUUGGAGGCUUUGUCCAGUGUAAUAGCACGACAGAAGAUGAUGGCUGUUGAUAUUGGCAACGAAGUGGAUAAUCAGAAUGAACUAAUUGAUGAUAUAACAGACCACGUGGACAGAACAGGGGAAAGACUGGUCAAAGAAACAUCACACAUUAAAAUUGUAGACAGGAAGUCAAACACGUGUGGUUACUGGGUUGCCAUCGUUCUCCUCUUCAUUGCUAUCAUUGUGAUAGUGGCAGUGCCUUACAACAAAAAGCCCUGAGACAUACAUGAGCUUGCCUGUUUGUGUCUGUGCCCUGUCUGGAUGUCUGUGCACUGUCUGCUGAAGUCUGGCCCUCGAUGGGGCUGCCUGGCCUCUCAGCUACAUCGCUACACAUGCUGGAGGCUGGGUGUGCUCACACAAGAACGUGUAUCUGGAGCAAUCAACAAGCUGGGAGAUCGUCAUGGUGAUGAUUAGACCUUUACACCUGUUAUUCACACAGGUCUCAGGUGGUCUGCUUCAGACCCAGCGGUCCGGAUACAGACCACAGGCAGCGUCAUCGGAACUGAGCAUGUUAUAGGCAUAUAACUAGGUGAUGGUUUGGCUCAUGGACAUAUGUUUAUUACUGAUGUAUUUUUGUAAGUUUGUUAAGGUGAUCUGGUGAGAAAACCAAUAUCGUGAGAAUACUGUUGGAUAGAAGUGUGGAUUGGCUGUAUUUUAUGGAAGUUGUACCUUUAAGAAUCUGCUUGCGUGUGUAAACUGACACUCUGGGUUAUACAAGAUACUGGUUUUCUCAAUUGUCAACGUGUAAGUAGUCCACACCAAAUUUUGUCUUCUUUUACGCGUUAGCCUGAUGUUAAUUCUGCAAAACAUUUUGUUUUUAUGAAAUUAACCUCAUCUCAACCAGAGAACAUUCCUUUUUUUAUCAUAUUGCCACCUGCAACUUUCAAAUUGACUAAGAGAAUUCAUAAAACAAGAUAUUAAGUUGUCUGGACUUUAAACAUGAAUUCCUUUCAACACAAAAAGCAAGGGAACUGCUCCUUAAUAUAUAUUUAUAAUGUUAUAAAGAUUUGUAUGAGUAAAUGAGUAUAUAUUUAGUAUUUCAUGUAUAUUUUAAGCUCAUGUAAGUUUUGUACAAAACAAAAUUGUAUAUGUUUUCAACUAAUGUCCAUUUACAUCAUCAUGAUUGAUCAUUAUGAGGAACAGAAAAUAAUUUUGUGUAUUUAUUAAAUAAAUAAAAUCCUUCUGCUUUACAGAAGGUAAAGAUGAAUGACCUAUUGAGCCUAACAGCUUACUCAUAUUGAUGAUGUUAAUUACGCCACACAGUUUAUAUUUUCAUUUCACGGGCCCGCCAAGCCUCUAAGAGAAAAUAAAUUAAACAAAAAGUUUUUUUCAUAUUAUUUCUCCUGCUGGUAAUAUAGACCCUCUGAUACAAUAAAAAAAAUAUAUAUCAAUUCCAUGUCUACAACACUAUCAGUGAUUCAAGAAGCCAGCUGCAGUUAUAACUCUACUGCAGAAUGACUUUCAUAUGAAUAAAUAAAUGAUUGACAUAGCUGUUAUUUUAUUUUUUAUUUCGACCAACCUUGUGUGGAAGAGCUGGAAUAUAUCCCUGAAACAUAAAAUUAAUAAAGUGUGGCCUAAGGUAAUGUUACUUUAUAUUACCUUUCCAGUCUGAGCAUAUUGACUACAGUAAACUACGUUUAAAACGAACCGUUAUAAAGAAAGUUAUAAAGAACUGACGGAUUUAACACUACUUUUUGGUCCUGUUUAUUUGCUGUGUAUAGGCUGUGUAAGUGCUUGUAACAAACUACAGUUAUAACGAACUAAAGUUAGUCAUCCCUUUUAGUUCACUAUAACCAUAGUUUACUGUAUAUACUGGCUGUGAAAGUCUCUGAUCAACCUGAUGUAAUGUAAGUCAGUAUUGUAGGUUUCAAUGCACAAUAUCAUCAGCUGUAUGAAAAAGUCUCUAUAACUUUCCCAAUCCACACUGGAUCACAUUUUGCAUGCAUAUUUUCCCACUACUCGACAUGACAUACUAUGUAAAACAUUUUGCUGUGAUAUUUCUUUGUGAAUAUUCCUCAUCUUCAGUUUGGAAAAUAUAAACCAUGCUAAUAAUUUUCUAAUGUUUCCAACAAACAAAUAAGAAUGUACUUCCAAAUACUACAGCUAUUUCCUGAAGGAACAUAAUGAAUAUAUACAUGUUCUAUUCUAUUUGAGCUGUUAUGAUUAAGCAUGUUGAUCAUAUUGUUCAUAUGAAGCCUCUAAGGCUUAAAGGAAGCGGGCAGCUGUGGCUUGACAUGACACCCAGUGAUGCCAUUCAUGAAACAGAGAUUCAGAAUGUCAAAAUACCUCACAACCCGAGAGACCCGUGAAGAUCCGGUGUAGAAUACUGUAUUCGACGUAAUAAGCGCCCCGCUGUAAUAAGCACCCAAGUCGAGAUUUGCUAAUAUAUUGGCUAGUGAACAAUCCCAAUUAGCACCCCUUCUGACCCCUAUUUGCAUAUAAUACGCACCGCUUCCUUCAUUCCUUCACCUAUUUGCGUACAAUACUCACUCGUGUGUUAUAUGCACCCUUUAUUAUUGGCAAUUAAAUUCAGGAAAAAUAUAUCUGUCGUACAUAAGCAUUUCAGGCUGUCAGCAUAAACCACAAAAUUUAUCUUCCAAAUCUUUUCUU